AUGUUGUUCGCCAAAGAGCUGUCGCUAUUGCUGGCUGCGGCCGGUCUCUGUCGCGCACAGCAUGUCGUAGAUCUCAGUGGGGAUGGCUGGACGGUGAGGAACCAGCAGGGGAACGUCACGGUGCCGGGUCGUUUGCCUUCGCAGGUUCAUCUGGAUCUGUAUGCUGCCAAGGUCAUUGGUGACAGAUACUAUGGUCUCAAUGAUUUUGAUCUGCGAUGGAUCGCCUGGUCCAACUGGACCUACACCAGCAAUCCCAUCACGAACCUACUCGACAACGCCACAAGCACCUGGCUGGUUUUCGAUGGACUGGACACUUUCACCACCAUCGAGUUCUGCGGACAGUUUGUCGGGACGACGAACAACCAGUUCCGGCAGUGGAAAUUCGACGUGACGGAUAUUCUCAAGUCCUGCAAAAGUGCUCCCACUCUGAGCCUCAACUUUGGCAGCGCGCCAGCCAUCGCGAAUGCGAUCGCGAACCAACCUGGGCAAGAACAGUGGCCACCUGGCGUCCAGGGAGUGUUUGAAUUUCCCAACCGCGAGUUCAUCCGCAAAGAACAGUCCGACUUUGGCUGGGACUGGGGCCCUGCGUUCGCCCCCGCCGGACCCUGGCGGCCAGCGUAUGUCGUGCAAUUUGCCCCUGCGGACGGUGUCUACGUGCUCAACACCGAUCUCGAUAUUUUCCGCCAGGGCCAGAUCAAUCAUCUGCCGCCCGAUCAGAGCGCGCCGUGGGUGGUCAACGCCAGUAUCGAUUUCCUAGGAAGUCUUCCCGAAGGGGCGUUGUUGACGAUCGACAUCAAGGACGCCAAAGACUCCUCCCCACUUGCAUCUGGCCCGUUGAGCAAUAUCACCGUAUCGGGGAACACAAUCACAGGGAUCACCACGGUGGACGCAAACGCCCCCAAGCUGUGGUGGCCAAACGGCCUGGGAGAACAGAAUCUCUAUCAAGUGACCAUAAAUGUCGUUGAUAGCAAGGACAAGACUCUGGCCACGGUGACCAAGCGCACCGGUUUCCGCACCAUCAUCCUUAACCGAACCAACAUCACCGAGGAGCAGCUGGCGCAGGGGAUUGCGCCGGGAGCGAACUGGCACUUUGAGAUAAACGGCCAUGAGUUCUACGCCAAGGGCUCGAACUUUAUCCCCCCGGAUGCAUUCUGGCCUCGGGUCACGGAAGACCGGAUCCGCAAGCUCUUCGAUGCCGUCGUGGCCGGGAACCAAAAUAUGCUCCGCGUCUGGGCGUCCGGCGCGUAUUCUCCGGACUUUCUCUACGACAUCGCCGAUGAGCGGGGCAUCCUCCUGUGGAGCGAAUUCGAGUUCAGUGACGAUUUGUACCCCGUGGACCAGGAGUUCCUCGACAAUGUCGCGGCUGAAGUGGUCUACAAUGUGCGCCGCGUGAACCACCAUCCGUCUCUGGCGCUCUGGGCGGGAGGAAACGAGAUCGAAAGUCUGGAGAUCCCGCUGGCGCAGUCUGCCGACCCGGAAGGCUACACUAAGUAUGUCGGGGAGUAUGAGAAGCUGUUUAUUAGUCUGAUCAUGCCGCUAGUCUACGAGAACAGUCGUUCCAUCAGCUAUAACCCGAGUUCUACCACCAAUGGGUACCUGGAAGUCAAUCUGUCGGCGCCGGUGCCGAUGGUGGAACGAUACUGGAAUCUGACGCCCGGGUCUUAUUACGGGGACACCGACUACUACAACUACGACAGCCGGGUCUCGUUCAACUACUCCAGCUACCCGGUCGGGCGGUUCGCCAACGAGUUUGGCUACCACAGCAUGCCCAGUCUGCAGACGUGGCAGCAGGUCGUCCCCGAGGAGGAUCUGUACUUCAACAGCAGCGUCGUGAUGCUCCGGAACCACCAUUACCCUGCCGGCGGGCUCUACACGGACAACUACCACAACAGCUCUCUGGGGAUGGGGGAGAUGACGAUCGCGGUUGAGCGCUACUACCCGAUCCCGUCGAAGACGGACCCCAUCGCGAAUUUCAGCGCAUGGUGCCUGGCGACGCAGCGGUUCCAGGCAGACAUGUACAAGUCCGAGAUCCAGUUCUACCGCCGCGGGAGCGGGUUCCCGAACCGGCAGCUGGGGUCGCUGUACUGGCAGCUGGAAGACAUCUGGCAGGCGCCGACGUGGGCGGGGAUUGAAUACGACGGCCGCUGGAAGGUGCUGCACUACGUGGCAAAGGACAUCUACCAGCACGUGAUUGUGUCGCCGUUCUGGAACUACACGACAGGCGACCUGGAGAUCUACGUGACGUCGGACCUGUGGGAGGCGGUGUCGGGAACGGUGCAGCUGUCAUGGCUGGAUUUCAAGGGCCAGCCGCUGGCGCAGAAUGCGGGCACGCCGACCAACUUGUCCUUCACAGUCGGCGCCAUCAACACGACGAACAUCUACUCGACGAACAUUCGAAACCUGACCAUCCCCGAUCUGCGAGACGCCGUGCUGAUCCUGUCGUUAGAGGCAACGGGCCACACGCCAAACGACCCAGAGCAGAAGGAAGUGACAUUCACGCACGAGAACUACUUCACACCGGUCUGGCCGAACGAAGCGAAAUUGGUCGAUCCGCAGCUGCAGCUGUCAUACGACGAGUCAAGCAAGAAAUUCACCGUCGAGGCCAAGGCGGGAGUCGCGCUGUACACCUGGCUCGACUACCCGGCGGGCACGGUGGGGUACUUUGACGACAAUUCGUUUGUCCUCGUUCCGGGAAAGCCAAGGGAGGUAGGGUUUACGGUGCAGGAUGAUACGUCGGGUGGAGCGUGGGCGGAGAAGGUGACUGUGCAGAGUUUGUGGGAUCAGACGCAGCCGUAG